AUCACUAGAGACCGGUACGAGAAUCGCGUCCUGUCUGUGUCGUUCCCCACAUCUAUGCCUGUACUAUCACCAAGCAACACAACUUAACCUCACCGAGCGGAGUCAAGCGGAGAUCACGCUUGUUUUGUCAGCUAGCAGGGACCGUGAGUCGCGAAAAAUCAUGCCGAUGCAAUGGCAAAACUUCCUCGACGUUCUCGGCCGCAAAAUGCGCUCCUCUCGAUUGGCCAGUGACAUAGCCCUGAAGACCAAGAUCAAUCGCGAGGACGAGCUAAUGUCAUACUUGGCGACCGAUCAUGAAAUUAUAAAGCUUAUAUCUAUGUGGCUAGACGAGACGUAUAGCAAAAGAGAGGCCAAGUCCUUGGAGAAGGCGACGUUGUUUAAGUUGGUCGGUAAUAGGGAGUUCCAAUCGAAGAAGUAUGCCCUGUCAGUGAGCACGUACACGAAGAGCGCGAUAUACGCGCCGGCGGACAGCGAGGAUCUCUCCGUAGCGAUCGCUAACAGGUCUGCCUCUUUGUUCUACCUGGGCAAAUAUCACGAGUGCAUCAAAGACAUCGAGUUGGCGACUAAGUUGAAGUACCCCCGGAAUUUGUGCUACAAACUGUACGUACGCGCGGUUCAGUGUUAUUUAAAGCUAGGUAAGAAAGAGUACGCCAGGGCGGCGCUCCAUCAGCUGCGUCUUCUGAUAAACGACGACAUGCCAAACGCAAAGAAAGAGGCCCUAGAGAAGCAGCUGGCUCAGUUGUCGUCCUCCGUGUCGCGCAUGGUGGACACGGGCGACGAUGUGACGGACAUCACGGAGGCUCAUUCACUGCCUGAAAUCUCGUUCGGCGAGAACCCGAACUUGCCGUCCGCGUCGGCGGCCGUAGACGUUAAAUAUACGCCGCAGAAGGGCCGGCACGUAAUAGCUAAUAGAGACAUCAAGAAGGGUCAGACUCUCCUCGUCGAGAAACCCUUCAGUUUCGUGUUACUGGAGUGCGACGGCAUAAACGACUUGUGUGAGAAUUGCUGCCGGUCGUACGGCAAAAAUCCCACACCGUGUUCAGGCUGCCUCAACACAUUAUUCUGCGACGCGAACUGUUGGGACGAGGCGUACUCGUCGUACCAUCGCUGGGAAUGCGCGGGCAAUCAGAUGGGUCUCUGGCAGCAAAUCGGGGUGGCGCACUUGGGCUUGAAGACGCUCCUCAAGUGCACGACGACGAACGACAGUAGCAUGUUUAACAGCAUACAGCAGCUAGUGACCUGUUUCGAUAAUCUCACGGCGAACGACCUUAUUGUAUAUGGAAUCACGGCAACUAUGCUCACACUGUAUCUAACAAAGUACACAGAUUAUUUUAAAGUUUUCAAUAUCAGAGAACACCUAGUGUCGAAGUUUACCGACAACACUUUCAACUUCAACAAUGAUCUCGCGUCAGAGAGUGAUGAACGAGUAUAUGUAAGUUCUCUACUACUGAGGCACGUUUUACAGCUUAUUUGUAACGGGCAUGCUAUCACAAAGCUAAACAAGAUAGCAUCAGAUAAAGAUAAGCUCUGUGUCGAGCAACAAGAUAGAAUAGCUACAGCGAUUUAUCCUUCUGCGAGCAUGAUGAAUCAUUCUUGUGAUCCUAAUAUAAUUACUAGCUUCGUGGACCAAUAUUUAAUAGUAAGAGCCAUGAAGGAUAUCGCGGCCGGUGAAGAGGUUCUCAAUUGCUAUGGGCCUAACUUCCGGAGAAUGUCGAAAGAGCACAGAUACGAGAUCCUGAAGAACCAGUACGGCUUCACGUGCAGAUGCGAGCCGUGCGUUAUGCCGGAGUACCAGAACUUCAUGGAUAGAUUUCAAGCGAUCAAGUGCCCGGAAUGCGGCGGCGCGUUGGAGGAGUUUCACUCUUAUUCCAUGCACUGCCUAGACUGCGGCGCGACGCCCGUCGUUAAUUGUCAAAACGAGCUGAAGAACGCCGUGACCGCCUUCGACGCGGCGCAAAUUUAUAUCGAGCUCGAGCGGGAGGAGGAGGCGGUGGUGAAGUUGAAGGAGUGCUUGAGUAUCAGGAGGAAUGUACUGUACAAGUAUCAUCAGGAUCUCACCGCCACCUUGGACAUACUCGGAAAAGUGUAUGCCAUUAUGGGACGAUGGCUUGAGUCUAUUUCGUACAUCGAGCACAGUAUCGCCGCGAUCGAGGAACGAUACGGCUCUUCGAGUAUAGAAGUGGCUAACGAAUUGAAUAAAUUAACGGACAUAUGUAUUAGAUAUCUGCAGGAGGAGCCUAAUAAAACGACGAAAUGGUACAAAAAUAUUUUGAAAAAAACGCGCCGGUACCUGGACCGUGCCGACGAGAUCGUAAGUUUCACAUACGGCCCGUGGCACGAGAUUUGCCAGGAGAUCAACGAGAAGAAGAAGACGCUCGCUGUUAUUUUGAAAGACUACGAUAUCUAACGCUAAUCUGUAAAUCGUGUGAAAUACGAGUGAAUAAAUGCUGCACGGCAAAGCUUUU